AUGGACCUGGAUUCGGAUUCGGCGUCUCACUCUCGACUACAGCCGCCCUCGGCAUCCUCAGUCAAGACAACCCAGCGAGUCCUCGCCUGUGUGUUGUGUCAGCAGCGCAAGAUCAAGUGCGAUCGCAAGUUUCCCUGCUCGAACUGCAGCAAGAACCAGGCUCAUUGCGUCCCCGCGACACAGAGUCGUCGUCGGAAACGUCGCUUCCCAGAGCGUGAGCUGUUGGAGCGGCUGCGCAGCUAUGAAGAUCUUUUGCGCCAGAACAAGAUACAAUUCGAACCAUUACACCGAAACUUGGGCACACCCAAUGUCAAAGGCCCGCCCCACAGCAAUGACGCCUCCGACGACGACCGACCGGAUACCAAGACUUCAGCCUCUCCUCAGAGCACGACCAAGCCAGAGACACUCUUCGAAGCAAGGCGAGCCAUGAGACACAGCAAGCAAAAUGACGACGGAUCCGAAACAGACGAGGUGACCGAACAAAUGCACGACGAUAUCGUGCAAAAGACGUGGGACUCACUCGGGGACGAGCACAUCUUGUUUGGUUCUCGUCAGGAGUCUGUUGACUUGUCCAGUGUCCAUCCUGAGCCAGCACACGUGUUCCGCCUCUGGCAAGUGUACCUCGACAACGUCGACCCCAUGCUCAAAGUCACACACACCCCAACGCUCCAGUCUCGCAUCAUAGAAGCCAUUGGCAGUAUACGUGGCAUCCAGCCAAUGCUGGAAGCCCUCAUGUUUGGUAUUUACUGCAUUGCUCUCACCACUCUGUCCCCACAGGAUUGUGAGGCGACGUUCGGCACCUCCAAGGAUACCCUUUCGACGCGCUUUCGCUUCGGAUGUCAACAGGCCCUACUUAACUGCCGGUUCCUACACUCUUCUGAGUUAGAGUGCCUCACGGCGUUCUACCUCUACCUGCACUCCCUGGCAAAAACAUGCGACCCACGUUCUCUUUCUUCCAUGCUCGGGAUAGCAACACGCACGGCAAUGCGCAUAGGAAUCCACAGCGAGCUAAGCAACAGCAGAUGUCCUGUUCUUCACGCGGAGUUGCGUCGACGCUUGUGGUACUCCCUUAUCUUCUUUGACGCCCGAAUCAGCGAGCUUGCCAUGUACAAGAAUACUUGCCUUACCCCGACUUGGGACUGCAAGACACCACUCAACGUCAACGACCAUGAUCUUCGCGUGGAUAUGCGGGAGCCACCGGUGGCGCAGACCAAAACCAGCGAGGCUCUCUUCGUCGUGGUACGGAGCGAGAUUGCCAACUUCGUGCGCCACGCCUCCUUCUAUCUCGACUUCACAACUCCAGCCCUCAAGGCGGUGGCAAGGGAGGUCGCGGACGAGAAACAAGUUGCAGACUUUGCAAAGUCAAUGGAGCGAGACUAUUUUGAUCAUUGCGAUCCCGGGAACCCACUGCACCACCUCUCCAUCUGGAGUACGAGAUCGUUCUUGUUCAGGUCGUUCCUCCAGGAGCACUACGCAGAGUGCGCGAGCGGCGCCAAGAUCACAGCUCAACAGGCAAGCGACGCCCUUUCUCACGCAAUACAUAUGAUCGAGUGUGAUACGCAACUGCACAAUACCACCUUGGUCAAGGGAUUUCGCUGGUUCUUCCGUUAUCAGUUUCCAGCCCUUGGCUACUUCCACAUCAUCGAAGCUCUGAAGAAGAGACCCACAGGUCCUGUCGCGAAACGCGCGUGGGACAUCAUGAGCGACAACUACGAGGCACGUCAUGCUGUGAGCGACAACACCGACAUAAACGGGCCCUUUGUGAAACACUUCAUUAAGCUCAUACUCCAGCUGUGGGACUUAACGCAGGCCACAGCACAGCGUGGGGGCCAGCAUAACCCGGAGCCAAGGAUUGUGCAAAUCAUGUCCUCGAAAGCUGCGGAACUAGGCCUAUCAUGGGGACAGAGAGAGGAGACAGGCACCGGAGAAUUCGGAGAUACAAUGAGUACGUACAUGGACGAAUUCAUAUGGUCCAUGUCAGCCGGGUAUCCUCCACAAGACUGCAUAUCCGGGCUCGGGCCACUAGGUCUAAUCGACGGUAUGGGUUCCAGUCUGCAGGAACAGGUGCAAAACCCCAUUGACGCUGGCCUGCAAAUGCCCUCGUCAGGACCGUGGAUGGCUGGCAGAUACUGGUAG